AUGGAAAAAGAAUUAAAAGAGAUAUUAAGAGAUGAGAUGAUGAAACAACUAGAGGAGAAAGACAAACAACUGGAUGAUAUGACCCAGGAAGUGAGAGAGAAAGAGAGACUACUGGAGGGAAAAGAUAAUGAAAUAAAGGAGAAGAAGGUUGAACUAGGAGACAAAGACAAGAAAAUAAAGGAAAAAGACCUUCAACUAGAGGAGAGAAACUAUAGACUGGGAGAGAAGGACAAACUACUAGAAGAAAAAGAAAGUGAACUAAAAGAGAGGAGGCAGGAACUAGAAGAGACAUAUAAACUACUAGAGGAGAGAGAGAAGCAGUUAAAGGAACGAGACAAACAAGUGGAGGAUGUCAACAAUGAAAAUGCCAAACUGGGUAAGAUUAUUACUACCAUUAAUACAUUUAGUCUACUGUACUUUCCUCAAUUCUCAGGAAUAUUGUUUUACAUCACUUUCCCUCUGCAUCAUAUUUCUGUCUAAAGUCUUUAACACAGAAUUCAGAUGUUAGUCUUCCUUUGUUAUUUCAGCUCAACAGAUAUGUGAUGUGAAGACUGAGCUAGAGAGACUGAGAAGAGAGACCUCCGCCCAGAUGACUGGUGAGUGAGAUAUGUGAUACUUAACACUAACAUUUCACGAGAAACCCAGAACUACCCUUAAGUAGGUCUAUGUGCCUUCAUGUGUUACUGAGGUAAAUGUUCCCAUUAUAAAUGGAUGUUAUUUGUUGUUUUAGAACAUGGAGACACCUCAGAUACAGGUUCCAUACUCCCAGUCAGGAGGAGACACAGCAUGGAUGGUCCUCCACUCAGUGAGUUAUCAAUAUUGUCCUGCUUUCUCCUACUGUUUCUAGUCUAUAGUGGACCAUCCUUCACUUAGUGAGUUGUCAAUGUUGUCUCAAACUGUCAUCAAUCUUUAUAUUCACUAUUUUCUCCAAUAAUCUAUAUUUCACAUAAUAUGUAUUUGUAGUUUGUGUAUACUAUGUUUUUAAAUGUGUCUCUGAUGAGUCAGUAUGUUGACCAGUUCUCUAUGUUGUGUUACAGUGGGAGGAGAGAACUCCGGUACAGACCCCACACUUCCACUGAGGAGGAGAAACAGCAUGGAGUUAAUUCCUCCAGGCAGUGAGUUAUGGAUGUAGCUUACAUUAUAUUUGACACUGUGUUGUACAUCCUCCAGAAGGUCAGUGUGUUGAACAGUGCUGUGUGUUGUGUUGUGUUGCAGUGGGAGGAGAGAGCAGCAGUCCAGACUCCCCAGUGUCUCCAAGUGUGUCUGAGCUGAGACUGGUGCUGCUGGGGAGGACUGGGGCUGGGAGGAGUGCAGCAGGAAACACCAUCCUGGGCAGAGAGGAGUUUGGGGGCCAGGCCAGCCCUUCUGCAGUGACCCAGAGGAGUAAGAGGAGAGAGGGGGAAGUGUCUGGGAGACGGUUGGUGCUGGUGGACACUCCAGACUGGUUCUGUCCUGGACUCUCUCUGGAAGAGAUGAGACAGGAUGUGGGGCUCUGUGUCCGUCUGUCUGCCCCGGGACCCCACACCUUCCUCCUGGUCAUACCAGUGGAGCCCUCCAGGGGGGAGGAGAGAGGGGUGCUGGAGAGAAUAGAGGAGAUGUUUGGGGAGGGUUGUUGGGAACAUACUGUGAUUCUAUUCACCCAUGCUGAUGGCCUGAAAGAGCAGAGCAUUGAGGAGUUUCUCCAAGCAGGGAGUCAGGACCUCCAGCAGCUUGUAGAGAAAUGUGGGAGCAGGUACCACGUCCUCAACAUUAAGGACAGGGCCCAUGGCACUCAGGUCCCAGAGCUGCUGGAGCAGGUAGAGGAGAUGGUGGCAGGAAACAGAGAGAGAUUCUACAGCAGUCAGACCUACCAGGAGGCAGAGGACCAGGUCAGAGAGAUGGAGGGAAAGAUCCAGAGGGAGAAAGAGGAGAGGAAACAGAGGGAGGAGAGAGAGGUGAGAGUGAGGCUUCAGGAGGAGUUGCAGGACUCUCUGAUAAAGAUAGAGGGAGUGAUCCAGGAACAUGAAGGAGAUAUCAGAAUACUCAGUGAAAGAACCACUGAACUGGAGAGAGAGCUGAAAGAAGAGGGUGAUGAGGAAAAGAAAAGAGAGCUGGAGAGAGAGCUGAAGAGAGAGUCUGAUAGGAGGGAGGAGAUGGAGAGAAAGCUGGAGAGAUUUAGAGAGAAGAGAGAGAAUGAGAGGAGGGAGAUGGAGGAGAGACACAGACAGGAGAUAGAGGAGAUGAGGGAGAACUAUGAAGGAGAGGUCAGAGUUGAAGCAGAGAGAAACCUGAUGAAGAUAGUCCUACCUGAGUUACAGAGGAACAUCAUGAUCUCACAGACAAAGAUGCAGAGGGAGUUCAGCAGACAGAUGGAGGAGAAGAAUAGACAGAUGAAUGAGAAGGAUAUAGAGAUGAAGGAGAAGGAUAGAGUGAUUGUGGAAAGGGAUGGAGAGAUAGAGGGACUGAUAGAAAGACUGUGGGAGAUGUGCAAAUGA